UCUUCCUCAGCUCCCUGCUGACCGAGCUACCCAUCUUGCUCGGUAGGGGGCGUUGUGCACGUCUGCAUUGCAUUACAUUGCAAACGUGCGGGAAAAUUGAUUGAAUUGCCGGUGUGGGUCUGACUAUCGGGACGCAGAGUAAGCAACCACAGUGACCACAACAGUGGCAGAGCUACUGAGGGAGGCCGCUGCUGCUAUAGAACAAGUUCCUUCUUCCAACGCACCUGUGGCAAUGCUGAAUGCUCCUGAGCGCCGUAACAAUGCUCGAGGUAAGGUUUUAGCAAGAAAAGCUAGCAAAAUAACAUGCACGUGUGAAACCUUUUUUUUAAGAUGUCAUGUCAACGAGAAACACUGUUGUUGAGUGUUAGGGCCCGCCAGACAAGUAUCAGUGAUUUUCCUUUUUUUGUUAACUGAAGUUACAGUUACAGUAGAUUAUAAUGAAGCAACCAUUUGUUUCAACAACUAACUUAAGUGUCAACAACAGCAAGUGUGUAUGCCUGGAGCCAUUAGGCUACUAACAAGCUGCAGUCAACAAAGACCCUUGUAAAUUUGUAUAUGUUUUCUACUAUUAAUUCAACAUGAUCUUGAUCAUGAUAGAAAUUAAAUUACAUCAUGCAAUCUUACUGUUCUGCAUUGAAAUGUUAACCAAAAAAUAUCCAUUGAUCAAAAAAAUUUUGGACUAUGUUUAUCUCACCAUUUAUGUUUAUGCAUAACUACACUAUAUCCUUAUUUUAUUUUUAAUUCUGUUUCUUCUUUUUAACAUAUUCAAAAUAAAGUUCAAUUCAGUUGAAUUUAUGUUCUGCUUUCCAACCCAUAUUUCUUCCAGCUGAGGUUUUGAGGUUGUUUAGUCCUUACCCUGCACGAGGUGUACAACGUAAGUCAACCUCACCAGCCACCAUGACCAAAAAAUUUAAAAAGACCACAUCCACUCACGCUUUCUUCUGCCUGGCUAAAAGAAAGGACAGUGAUAUCCCAACCCCAGCAGCAAAAAGAACGCUUGAAAGGGCAGGUUUAUGGGAAAGGAAAAUCACAUUCCCAGAUAAAUACUGUGGUGACUUUUCUGAUCACCUAGAGUUGAACUUUCCACAACUGAAGUACUGUGGUGGGUUUCAACUCCUGCGGAGCCGGGGCUCUACAAGGUCCAAAGUCUUGGAAAUCAUUCCUUGCCCACAGAAUGGGUAUACUCCUGAAGGCCUGUCUAGCAAAGAAAUUGGAGUGGGGGCAGCUGUGAUUUACAUAAGGCCAAUCCAAAAAGAUAUUGACAUCCAGGUCGAAUUGUAUAUUUCUAGUAUUAUGUAGUAUUUGAUUCUCUGGAGUAUGAAAUCCCUGGCAAAGAAAUCCCCAGCCGAUAACCCUCACAACUGAAAUAUGUCUGUACAAAGUCCACUAAGCUCUAAUGUGAAGAAAGAUGUUUGAUUAUGUGAUGCAUAUUUACUUGUUACUAUUGUCUCAUUUAUGCCAGGAUCCUCCCAGUUUGACCCUCACUCCUCAAACAACUGGACCACUGAUGGAAUGUGUCUACUGUGCAGAGAUAUUUAGCUUCUCUGAGAUUCAAGGCCACAAUGACUGUUGUGAAAAAGAACACUGGCAGAACUCUUCUGUUCAAUGGGACAGGCGAUCACAAGGUCCCAUCCACUUCCAAAGUCCUGAUUGAUGGAGACCUUUUCCGAGUAGCUGGACGUGCCAUAGGACAUUCUUUUAUUCAUGGAGGCCCUCGAUUGAAUGGACUGAGUCCAGCAAUGUUGCAGCUAAUUGUUGGAAGUAAUCAGGAGUUUGCUGCACUUGAGCUUGCUGACUGCCCUGAUACAGAUGUCCUUGAUGUGCUUGAUAGUCAGAGAGAACUGACCCCACAGGAACGAUGUGAGGUGAACAACUUGGCCUUUGGCUGGGAUCUUCCUCCCAUCAACGAUAACAACAGGAGGUGGUUGGCAGAGAAAAUUCUACAGCAUGUGGUCAUUGAACGGAGAAGAGCACAAAUGAAGCAGCUCCGUAAGGGGCUGAAAGAGAGCGGUGUUCUCACUAUGAUUAAAGAGCGUCCAGCCCUAGCCGAAGUCCUUUUCCCAAAAUCAGCAGAACAAGUGAUGGACUCACAGACCAUCUUGAAAAGGAUCAUCUGGCCAAUGCCAGAUAGUGAGGAUGAGAAUGACCACAGCAACGUGGAGGAGACAUGCCUGGUGACAGGCUUUUUGAGACUACAUUGAAAAAGGGUCUUCUCAGGAACUACAACAACUCCUGAAGUUCUGGACAGGUUGGAGGAUACCCCCCCAGCACCUUUAUGUUGAAAUAUCUCCAGAAAUUACUCUGCCAGUCGCUUCAACCUGCCUCACAACGCUGAAACUCCCAACGCUGAAACUCCCACUGAAGUGCCAAAGUUACCAGGCAUUCAAAGAAAACCUGGAAGCAUCUGUGAGAUCUACGGAGUUUGGAUUUGGAAUGAUCUGAUUAGACUGAUCUGAGAUCUGCUUUAAAGCAGAGGUAGGGAGUAGGAGAAACCUAACUCCCACAUUUCCAUGUCUGGUUUGUAGUUUUUGUAAAUUUUAGUGUCGCUUCUCUUUAUUUUUUACCAGUUGGUGAAAAGAUAGUUCUACUCUCAUGUUGAAUAUAUUUGUAUAGUCAAUCAUACAAAAGUACCUCCAUAACAAACUACCCCCUUAAACCGUUUAAUAAUGUUGACAUUUUAAUAUACAGUUAAGGAGCGUGAUAUUUUAUUGACAAAUGUUUAAGGUUGUGGAAUAAAGACAACUUCAAAAAGAAAAAAAAACGUUCUUGCUUCCAGAAUGCACCUAAAAUGCACACAACCUUUACAAGUGAACUUAAUUAACUCUAAUGCUGUUGCCAGUAUUUAAGAAUGCUGGGUUUAAUUCUUGCCAUAUCAGUAGUGGUUGUGGUUCUGGAUAGAGUGGAGGGGGGACUGUGACUGUAUAGAUGUCCAGUGCAUCCAAGAAGGGAACAUUGGGGUCAGGUAAGCUAGCCAUGUCCUCCUCUGUCAGAUGUCGCUACAGCUCCACUUGAGGUACUUCAACUUGUUCCCUUUGAUCUCCAAUGUCACCAAAUCCGUAUGGUCCAUCCCAAUCAAUACCAUAGUCUGCCUCCACCUCAACACAAAAGAGUAUUGGAAUUUUAAAUAUCGAAUAUUAAAUAUUUCAUAAACUUUGUAACUGUUUCAGAAAAAUAAGGCUUUGUUAGGAUACAACACAAUACAAAACCUAUCUUAUCUUAAAAUGUUUCACUGUAAGUUUAACAAUUACAGUUUAAAAAUGUUAAGCUAUGCAAUAAGCUCUCCUAACCUUAAAGGAGUCAUCACUGGGUGUUUUAACAUAUCAUGUCUCUCUGUAAUUGUAUCAAAAUUACACAUGAGAUUUUGACUGGUCUGGAUGCUCAUUGUAAUAAUGGUAAUGAGGUGCACAAUAAUUAAGAAGCUGUUCACGUCAGAGGCAAUGGGCAGAGCUGGACCAGGGUUCGCUGCUGUCCCCCUCGCAUUCUUGUAAUGUAUGUAUGCAUGCGUAAACAAAGAUUUUUAAUUUUCAGUCAAGUUUCAACUGAGGUCCAACUAUAAUAGAAAUGUUUUAACAAGUAAAAAUUAGAUUUUAAGGUGAUGACUCCUUUACAUAUUUAAUUUUUAAAGAAAUGUAGCCAUAUAAUUUUAGGGUUUUAUAAUAUUUAAUUAAGUUGGUAGGGAGACUGGCUACCUGCAGUUCUCAGACUAUGAUGGUUCCAUGCAUCCACGAAGAAGGCCAGUUGCUUCUGUAGUUGAGGCAGAAAAGUCCAGUGGAGAGCAAAAAGAUGAUUUUCAUCAUCAGGAUUCAACAUUCCUUCACUUUCCAGGUUUCAAAAGACAACAUAGAAUGGGACCAGGACUUGGAUGUACACAUCUCUCCACAGGCGUUCUAUCCUGGAAGGGCAAAUGACAUGAUAAAAAAAAAAAUAAACAUAUGGAAAAAACGGUUUUGCUUUGAAUUAUAAUUGACAAAAUAAUAAUUAUGUUAUUUAAAAUUAGAAUUGAGGACAAAAAAACGACGCUCAAAGAAAAGGUUGAUGUGCAUAAAAGUGGUAACUUUAGAUAGUCAUAGUCCUAAGAAGCCAGGAUUUAGAUUGUGACAGACACUAAAGCUCCACUGAUGAAUGAGGUAUGGAAUGAAUAAAUGAGGGAACUGCGCAUUUGACCUUAUGCACAGUUUUAUAUAUGAGGCCCUGGUCUUGGUUGAGUACUCGCCUGACGUGUGAAAAUACAAGCAAACUACACACUAUAAAGUUUUAUCUUUUAAGCUUUAUGUUAGUGGUCAUAGGAGAGAAGAUUGUAACAUCCAACAAUUAUGUGAAUAGAAAAGAAGAAAUAAAAAAAUUAAAAGUUUUGAA